GGAAUGCCCAGUACAUAAACGCAAUUCAAAUUACCAGAGAUUUUGAAUGAUUUGGGCAAUUGGGUUUUGAUCGCAUGAGUGCUAUGGAUUCUUCUUCUUCUUCUUCGUCUUGUUGCCCCUUCUGUAAUCUCACAGUUCCAUCCUCACAACUUGAACGGCAUGCCAAUAGUCACUUUGAGGUUGAAGAUGAGCAACUGGCUAUGGACUUGGAGUUUGCCCAGCAACUUGCUUUGGAACCUUCUUCUCCACCAUCCAUGAAUAAUCAAACAAUCAGAGACUUGCCAUUGGCAAGAUUUCAUGGACAAUGUAGCAUGGAGGAAAGUAUCUCCUGCCUGGCUGCUUUACAGACUAGAACCACUUUCCAUGAAAUUGAAGGUGGUGUGAUGGCUCUGCUGAGAGAGUGUUUGGAGUUAGAACCUAGAGAUACAACGACUUUUUUGUGUGGUUAUACAGAUCAUAUUCAGAGCAUUCGAUCUGAGGAUUCUGGGUGGGGUUGUGGGUGGCGUAACAUCCAAAUGCUUAGCUCCCAUUUGCUUAUGCAAAGGCAAGAGACUCGAGAAGUUUUGUUUGGUGGUGCAGGAUUUGUUCCUGAUAUCCCAUCACUCCAAAGAUGGCUUGAGAUUGCUUGGGAAAAGGGAUUUGAUGCAGCUGGCUCUGAUCAGUUUGCUAACAAAAUUUAUGGCUUGAAAAGAUGGAUUGGAACAACUGAAUGUGCUGCUAUUUUCCGUUCUUUUGGGCUGCGAGCAAGGAUAGUGGAUUUUGGUCCUAAGGAACUCGAACCAUAUUAUCCUUCUCUUCCUGGUUCAAGGCUUGGGGAAGAGGUCAAGAGAAUACAUAAUGGUGGGAAGAGGAAAGCAAUUCAGGUUUGUGGACCGAUGGAUAGAUAUUUGCCAGAAAGGAGUCAUGAUAUUAACCAAGCGAGUUCCAGUUGCCGUGAAAAGUCGAGUUGUUCUACUAGCCAUAUAGGUGAUUCUUGGGGUAGGAAAAGUAAUUAUAAUUCGGGAAAUAAGUUUUCAAAGAAAAGCAAGGGUCAUCAGGUUCUCAUGGAUUGGAUCUGGAAUUACUUUAAUGAUGGUAACGUUACCAAAACCGGCAAUCACCGGGUCAUUGUUAGUGACAAAACACCCUUGUACUUUCAACAUGAUGGGCAUUCGAGAACCAUUGUUGGGAUUCAAGUCAAAAAUCAACAUAACGGGAUGCAGCAACACACUCUCUUAAUUUUGGACCCUGGUCAUAGAACGGCAGACCUGGAAAGAUCUCUGAAGGAAAAGAGAGGAUGGCAGAAGUUUAUAAAAAGAGGAGUUCACACACUGAGAAAGCCACAGUACCAGUUGUGUUAUAUUGAUCCUGGCAUUUCAAGUGGAGAUGAAGUGGAGUUGCUCAAGACUGUAGAUAGUGUUUUUCUUGAACUCUAGAGGACCCUGUUCAACAUUAUGACUUGUCAGUGGCUAUGCUAUUGUUAGAUUUGAAAUCAAUGCAUGAUAAAAGAGAAUUUGGGUAUCUGAAGAAUGAAAGUUCACUGUUCUAAGGCUUUUUUCCCUCCCUUAAAGAGAAAGUGCAGACUCUGAAGCUCCCGCAGAAGGUUGCACGCUAUGUGCCGAGCUCUUCUUGAUCAAUGAUCUUGACUGCUGAGGGUUGAUUUUGUGGAAAGGCCUCAAUGUUCAAGUACUUUGUAUGUGCAAGAGGAACAGAAAGUUGGUGAUACACUCCUAUUCUACUCUUCAGCUGCUAGGCAGCUCAGAUCUUUUGUCAGCUCUUAAUCUGGGGUAUCUUGGUUAAAUUAUGUGAGCUACCAUAAUUUACUUUGAUGCGAGUUUAUUCUCUUGUAUACUGACUUUGUAACUGUGAACAACUUUAUUCAUUUAUCAAUAUAUAGGAAAAUGUUCUUCUACUCAA